ACUACAUUUCCCAAGCUGCAUAGCUGCUGCCACUCCCCUCAGCGCCUGCGCACAUAGUGGAGUCCUUGAUCCUGAAGCUUAGACAGGGAGCGCAGUGGGUCACUACGAAAGCAAAAUGCACAGAUGGAGCCGCGUGUAUUGCAGCUUAAGCAAGAAGAAUCAUUUAAGUCAUGUAACCCCUGGGUUGAAAAGAAUAUGUGCUGCGCCACUCCGAAGCUACUCCGACCAACCAUUGGAUGCUGAUGUCACAGUCAUCGGCUCUGGUCCAGGAGGUUAUGUUGCUGCAAUCAAAGCUGCCCAACUUGGCUUCCAGACUGUUUGUGUGGAGAAGAAUGAAACUCUUGGUGGAACCUGUCUGAAUGUUGGAUGCAUUCCAUCUAAGGCUUUGCUGAACAACUCCUAUCUGUAUCAUUUAGCUCAUGGAAAAGAUUUUGCUAGCAGAGGAAUUGAAGUAACUGGGAUCAGCUUAAAUCUAGAGAAGAUGAUGGAACAGAAAAGUGGGGCAGUAAAGUCACUUACAGGAGGCAUUGCUCAUCUGUUUAAACAGAAUAAGGUUGCACAUGUUCCAGGCUUUGGAAAAAUCACAGGAAAAAAUCAAGUAACUGCAACAAAGGCAGAUGGCAGCACUCAAGUCAUCAAUACAAAGAACAUCCUCAUAGCGACUGGAUCUGAGGUUACUCCUUUUCCAGGAAUUGAGAUUGAUGAAGAAACGGUAGUAUCAUCCACUGGUGCAUUAUCCCUGAAGAAAGUGCCCGAGAAGAUGGUGGUCAUUGGUGGUGGCGUCAUUGGUGUGGAACUGGGAUCUGUGUGGCAACGUUUAGGAGCAGAUGUUACAGCAGUUGAAUUUUUGGGACAUGUUGGUGGAAUAGGAAUUGACAUGGAAAUUUCCAAAAAUUUCCAGAGAAUCCUUCAAAAACAGGGCUUGAAAUUUAAGCUGAACACAAAAGUCACUGGUGCGACUAGGAGAGCAGAUGGGAAAAUUGAUGUUUCUAUUGAAGCAGCAGCUGGUGGGAAGGCCGAAGUAAUAAUCUGUGAUGUAUUACUUGUGUGCAUUGGCCGUCGUCCCUUCACUCAAAACCUUGGUUUGCAAGAGUUUGGAAUUGAGCUCGAUAACAGGGGGAGGAUUCCAGUCAACACUAGAUUCCAGACAAAAAUCCCGAAUAUAUAUGCGAUUGGUGAUGUAAUCGCUGGCCCAAUGUUGGCCCAUAAAGCUGAAGAUGAAGGCAUAAUCUGUGUUGAAGGGAUGGCUGGUGGAGCAGUCCACAUUGACUAUAACUGUGUGCCAUCUGUGAUCUACACUCACCCUGAGGUUGCUUGGAUUGGAAAAUCUGAAGAGCAGUUAAAAGAAGAGGGUGUGGAAUACAAAGUUGGGAAGUUUCCAUUUGCUGCCAACAGCAGGGCUAAAACAAAUGCAGAUACAGAUGGCUUGGUGAAAAUCCUUAGUCACAAGUCAACUGAUCGAUUGUUGGGAGCACAUAUUCUUGGAUCAGGUGCCGGUGAAAUGAUCAAUGAAGCUGCUCUUGCCAUGGAAUAUGGAGCCUCUUGUGAAGAUGUAGCCAGAGUAUGCCAUGCCCAUCCAACUGUAUCAGAAGCCUUCAGAGAAGCAAACCUGGCUGCAUCGUUUGGGAAAGCCAUUAAUUUUUAAGUGGACUCAGAAAACUGUGUACAUAGGUUUCUUAUAAGGGUCAGUGGCAGCCUCCGGUCCAUGUUUGAUAUUCAGUCCAACGGGCCCUUGUCAAAUCCAAGUAUUUAACACAGUGUUUGGAAUUAGGAAUGUACAUGACUAAGACCCAUGUGCAAUGCACUUAAUACAUAUGUUGGCCUGUACAAACAUCAAAAAUACUAGUGUAAAAGCCAUGUCUUUAAAAUGAAUGUUUGGAGCGAAAGAGCUGGGCACUAGUUGUCAUUUGUCUAAUGGAGAUAUAUUCAUACUUCCA